AAUUCAAAAUAUAAACCGUAGCGUUCGGUUCUCACCAACAAUCAUUGACCGACAUUAUACUCUUUAGCUCAGCUUUAACUGUGGUGAAGACUAAGGCGGCUGAGAAAGUUGCAGUGGAAAUAAACUGAGUAUACUGAUUUUGUUCUAGGUUUCAGGUUUAUGUUUCGUUUGGUUGAGACUGAAAACUCGUAGUUGCGUUUAUAAACAUGAAGAAGUUCAGUCGCCGAGAACCAACCGAGAUAAACGAGACCAGAUUGAAGUCGAAACUACGCCAUGGUUUAAUGAGUGUCGUUAUUUUUGAUCAUCAGAAUGUGUGCAAUAAAGCGACGUCGUUCGUUAACUCGAUAGCAAAUGCUGCUAUUUCUCUUGCGAACUGGUCAACAAAUGAAGAAAACGCAGCAAUUCAAGACACUUGUACAAAGAUGUAUGAAAUUUCUAUGCUUCUUUCCAGCGUGAUCGACUUGUUUUCGAAGGAGUAUUUGGCAAUGGGGAAUUCACUGAAAGAGUUGCUACGUCAAGAAAUGAACUUGAGUGAUUUAAACAAAAAGGUUUACCAGGCACAAGUUAAAGCUUCCAAGUUAAAAAAACAAAACACUGAAAAGGAGAAGAAAUUGGAAAAUCUUGGGAAUGCUGAAUUGGAAUAUGAAGAACUCAAAGCAUCAUUUGAUGCGCAGAACACAAAGCAUGAAAUUUUGAAAGCUCAGUGUCUCCGGGAAAGUAUUAUUCGUCUGGCUGAUGGAACAACAACAUUUGCUAAACGCGUAUCAACAAUUGCCGAAGCAGAGAAGGAAAUAGCCAGCUGCAUUCCUGUUGUUCCUACUCAAAUAGGUCGCAAAAAAGAAUAUCAAGGCGAGAAAGCUACCGAGGCAGUGGUUGAAAGAACAGCCGAUACUCUAAAUAUUGCUCGGCCAAUAUCGUUCUGUGAUCUACUAGCCAGGAAAAAUGCCUGGUCUCGAAAACUGAAAGCAAAAUCCUGCUUCUUAGCCGAUACAACUGGAGAAAACUCACCUGAAGUAAUGGAUUGGGUCACGGUUGAACGAUCAAUGUUAGCUUCGCUUGUAGACCCAAACAGAGAUUUAGAAUCGACAAGUAAUGAUAGACGACUAAGCACAGAGAUGUUCUCUUGUCUAAAAGACCAGCUUAACAUUGUCGGCCCAAGUGGUAGAUCAUAUAUUUCCAAUCCUGGAAUUGAACAACGACUCGCCUUCAAGGCAAGAGGGCUCAGUGCGUCAACCGAAAACCUCUCGCCACCACGCCCCCCGCCACCUGGUCGCCAUAGAAGAAAAGCGUCAGAACCUUUAAUGGACCUACCAAGAGUCGAACCGUACGCUGUUGGUCGUUGGACACCGAAUGAAGCAGGCCUUUACGCUCGUGCAAACUUGUUUCAUCCAGCUGUUACAAAACCUCGUCACAGCAGUCCAGAUGGAGGUGCUGAGCCCACCAUAGGAUCAACAAGCGAUUCUGGUGAAUAUACAAUGCCAAGAGUGUUUCCGAAUGAAAACGAAGUCGUGUAUGCGGUACUGGAGCAAGAAGGAACAGACGACACAACGGAUAAAAAAUACAUUGAUGUAGUGCAGUAAUUUUUGAAUAAGGUGUCUCUGGCUACCAGGAACUGACUACAUCAAACAGUGAAAAUAAACCAUAUUAUGAAUGUGGGCAUUCAAGAGUUCUUUAAAUGAGCAUUAUUGUAAUGAUUAUGAUUAUGAUAAUGGCAGUUCAUUAGCUGUAGGUUUUUAGCCCAAUUUCCCUCCAGCCUAAUAUCUCUCGUAUGGGCUUGGAACUUAGAAAUUAUCUUCAAACAGAUGGAAGUCAAAUUUAGUUGAAAAAAUAUAAUGGGAGAGAUUUGUUACAGUACAAUGCUAAAAAAUCUAUUUUGACUGGUCUGACCAUUUAUAAAAAGCCCCGUGAUUACUGAUUUACGCCCUGUAACGAAAGAGUGUACGUAUCCUCUGUCCAACAUGUUAAAUUACCGAUAUAUAUGCAGGGGUGGCUGUAAGAGGUUUUCCUUUUUCUAGCUAGUUGAAUAUCAAUUUCUCGUGUCUUGCUCAUGACCGGUUUCGGCCUAAUUAAACAAAGAUUAUGAAAAAAUUCAUUUUGCAAUCCAAGUUUCAUUUUGCAACUAAAAAGUAAAAGAUUUACUCUAAACCCUGGGCGUAUAACGUGAGAAAGUCCUGUAGCGUGCUCAGGAGUCCAAUUAAAUAUUACAUUAUUACAUUAGAUGUAAACGAAGUUGCUAUUUACAACUGAAUUAUAUCAGCACCCAAGUUACCCGACUCGAAUAUGGGUAGUUUUUAUAAUACGUGUUA